AUGUUCUCAUCCAUCCCAACGAAUUUCACUGAUCGUUCCAUCAAUGAAUCUUUACUUAUUUAUCUUUCUCUGAGUAUGGUUCAACUUACAUUUAGUUUCUUCGAUGCACACAGUUUCGAAUAUAUUAACUUUUUAGUUUAUAGUUUCAACAUUCAAUCGUUCUAUCGUCUCGUUUGUACAAUUUAUCAUCAUCGUCUGUAUUAUCAAAGUCUUUAUCCAUAUAUUUAUGCAAUUGUCAUUCAAUGGAUCAUCGCAAUUCUUCAAAUGAUUCCAAUCUUAAUAUUUAAUAAACGAAAUCUCAUUGAAGAUGAUGAAUUAUGUGAAAUAACGAUUCAUAAUCGUCGAACAAUCGUUUAUCUGUAUAUGAUUGUCUAUUUGAUUCCGUUUUUGUUGAUUCUAAUUCAAUAUCGAAUCUUAGUUAAAUAUUCUAAACGUAAAACCAAUGGUCUUCAUUCAACGAACAUUCAGCAACGUGCUCGUCGUCAAGUCAAAUCUAUUCGUCGAAUAUUGAUUUUAAUUUUCAUUCUUUUUAUUCUCAGUCUUCCUGAUUGUACGAUAAUCAUUUUCGAAGUGUUUCUUCUUGUCCGAACGCCAAGAUAUGUUCAUCGAAUUGGAUUUUCAUUUGUUGGAAUAGCAUCUGGUCUAAUUAUGUUAAUUAUGAUGUAUUAUACACGAAAUUUACGACGUCUUUUAUUUGGAAGACAACGAAGUCGAAAGAACAAAAUACUUAAAUUAAAUUAUAGUCAACAAGAAACGAGAGGAACAAUAAGGAAACUACCAGAAAUGAUCUACAGUGGAAUUAUGGCGUAUGAAAACGAAAGGAAUUAA